AUGAUCCUGCUCUUGGCUACAGAGCAUGAGGAGAGCAGUCGUUUGGAGGAGGAGGUCAGCAUCCUGAAGGAGAAGCUGUCUGAAGCCGAGAGCACCAUCUCUAAAUUACAGAAGGAUCUAGAUCAUCUGCUGCAGGACAAGUAUGGUGGCCUUGAUCCAAAUGGCACAGGACUGCUGAAUCAAGAAGAGCACUUCUUGGAGAUCUUUAAGGAGUAUGAGCUGCAGUGCAGGGAGUUGCAGGACAGGAAUGACGAGUUACACUCAGAGCUGGAGUUGUUGAAAUCUCAGGGCUCAGGAAGGAGAGCCAGACGAUCCAGGAGCAGCCUGUCUGGUCAUGACUGGUCAAGCCAAAGAGCAUUAACCGCUGAAUCAGAUUCUGAUGAUCCAGAAAUGAAGAAAGGUACAUCGCCUCAGGUCAGAAAAAAGCUCCAAGUCACUGACAAGAAUGUUUUAGGUUGCUUGGUGAGUUUGGCUCCCGCUGUGAGCAUCGAGACAGAACUGGCCAUGGAGCAGAUGAAAGAGAAAAACGAGCAAGAAGUCCAGGACUUGAAGAUCCAACUGGAGACUAAGGUAAAUUUCUACGAGCGCAGUAUGGAGCUGAUGCGGCAGAAUAUGGAGGUUGAGCGGAAGGACAUCUCACAGAACUUUAAGAUGGAGAUCAGUGAGUUGGAGGGCCUGAAGGCUCAGGCAGAGGAGCGGGCAGAGAAAAUGCGUCAGGCUGUUGAGCGGCUGGAAGCAGAGCUGAGGGGUAAGACUUCAGGAGGAGCCUGGGGUCCAGAGCAAGAACGGAGAAUUCAACGGGAACAGGCAGAACUAGAGCAGAACUACGCUCGUGAGAUCAGUAACAUCGUGCUGCGCCUCACCUCAGAGAAAGAUCAGCUAGAGGCAGAACUCAACCUCAAGAUGGACCAGGAAGUGCUGCUUGUUAGGGAGAAGGCAGAACAGCAGUUAUUGCACAUGAAGGCACAACACAGCGAGGCUCAGCACAGCCUCCUUCACCAGCUGCACCUCGAGAGCAGCCGUCUGCAGGAGCAAUCCGAGCAGCAUCGCAGAGAAGUUUGUGCAUGGGAGUCAAGAGUUCAGGAGCUGGAACAGGAGAUGCGCCGGGAGCGUCUCCUCAGCACCGAGCGCUGGA